UUUAGAGAGAGGAAAAACAGCUAUCCCAGCAGCAGUUGCAGUUUCAUCCUUAUCCUAAAACAAAUCUUUUCUCAUCUAUAAACAAAAUUUUCACAGUCAGCUUCAUAGCCUCAUGUUUUGAGUUUCUCCCACAAUCACAAUUUUUCUCUUUUCCGGUAUUAGAUAUUUCCAAUUUUUUCCUCCACUAAUAUUAAUAUUAUUAAGUGGUUACUCUCAAAACUACUUAAAAGGAGGAAAAAAAAGAAAUAUCAGAAAAUAUUCACAUUCACAUAUCCACUGUUAUUUCACCCUCAAACUGAAACCAAAGCGAAGCAAAGAAGAAAUUUUGUGUCAUGGUCAUGGCUUCCAUGUAUGCACCCACAGCUCCGAAGCUGAGUUUCCCAAACCACAAGAAGCAAUCUUCAAUCCCUUUCACUCUCAGAAGGCCCUCGCUCAUUCCUUUUCCUUCUUCCAAUUCCCAUUCCCUCUGCCGCUGCCUCAACGCCUCCGCUUCCGACGAUGCUAACAGCACCUCCGGCGGCGGUGGAAACAACGUCCGAUGGGACGCCAUGGUCCAGGACUUCGUCAGUAACGCCAUCAAGCAGUUCGAUUCUCUCAUCAGCUCGCUCUUGAAAGACGAUGCCGCGAUGGCGGCGGUUGAGGGUGGUGGUGAGAAGGAGAAAGAGUGGGAUUGGGAUCGAUGGCGGCAGCAUUUCGAGGAGGUCGAUGAGCAGGAGCGUCUCCUCACCGUUCUUAAGGCUCGGUUAAGAGAUGCAGUGUAUUUGGAGGAUUAUGAAGAUGCUGCCAGGCUUAAGGUGGCAAUUGCAGCUGCCUCAACCAAUGACAGUGUUGGAAGAGUGAUGUCUUAUCUCAAUAGUGCCAUAAAGGAAGAGAGAUACACUGAUGCUGCUUUUUUAAGAGACGAAGCUGGUGCUGGACUUGUGGGUUGGUGGGCUGGUAGUUCAAAAGACUUUAAUGAUCCACAUGGUCUAAUUAUACGCAUUACUCCAGAGCACGGAAGAUAUGUUGCAAGGAGCUAUAGUCCUAGGCAACUUGCAACAUCUGGUGCUGGUGUUCCUCUAUUUGAAUUUUUUCUUACUAUGGAUAGGAAAGGUGAAUUCAAGUCUCAGGCUGUGUACUUGAAGAGAAGAGGAGGGGCCUUCCAUGGUUCCCCAACAACCUCCCCUAAAGCAUUGAGUGCUUCUGAGAGAUUGGGUUCUGUGGAGUCAACUGAUGAUAGAAGUGAACUCUUUGUUGUGAGUACUGAAGAUCCAGCUGAUGAUAGAAAUGAUGGCUCUGAUCCAGCCGAGGGAAUGCCUGGAUUUCAAAAUGUCAUGAAAGAUAUGAUUCCUGGCGUAAAGGUGAAGAUUUUCAAGGUUACACACCCAGAGAAAGUAGACAAGGAUAUUAUAUCUAAGGUGAUUGAGCAGAUAAUUGAGGAAGAAGAGGAUGAGGAUAACGAUGAAGAUGAUGAUGAUGAAGAAGGAGAAGAUGAAGAUGAAGAUGAAGAUGAAGAUGAAGAUGAAGAUGAGGAGCAAGACAAUGAUACAGGAAGUCUGGAACUGGCAGAUGUUAAGUCUGAAACUGACCAAGAGGGAGAUGAUGAGAUUGAAAUAAAUGAUGAUCUGGGAACUUUUGAACAUGAAGAACAAAAUGAAAUUGCAGUCAAAAUUGUCGUUCGUGGUCUUGUUCAGAAACUUUCCAGCAGUUUUCCCACCUGGGAUUUGCUUCGAGUUCCUGCUAAGUUGGAGAUGAAGGGACGUGGUUCAUUUUCCUUUACUGUUGAAAAGGAAGUCAAUCAGCAGGAUGACCAUGACAAAGGGAAAUCUUUAUCAGAUAAAUCAACCAGGAUGCAAGGUCCACGAAAAGUUGAUCAUGUUAUGUUUGACCUUGCUAAAUUCAUCGGGAAGGGAAAGGUACCUUCAAAGGUGCUCAAAGAGGUGGGAGAUUUGAUAAAUCUCACUUUAAGUCAGGCACAAAAUCAUCAGCCAUUAUCUGGGACAACAACUUUCAAUCGUAUUGAAAUACCAGCUUCUUUGGAUCCUCUAAAUGGUCUUUACAUUGGUGCACAUGGACCUUUCUCCUCUGAAGUUAUUCAACUUAGUCGUAGAGUUGGUCAAUGGCAAGAGGAAAGUGGGUCUAAGGAGCCUUCAGAUCUUGAAUUUUAUGAGUAUGUUGAGGCCUUGAAACUAACUGGGGAUCCUUAUGUACCAGCUGGUCAGGUGGCCUUUCGCGCAAAAGUUGGAAAGAGGUAUCAACUUCCUCAUAAAGGAAUAAUUCCUGAAGAGUUUGGAGUGGUUGCUCGCUAUAAAGGCCAAGGGAGGCUGGCUGAGCCAGGGUUUAAGAAUCCUCGGUGGGUUGAUGGUGAACUUGUAAUUCUAGAUGGAAAGCACAUAAAAGCUGGGCCUGUUGUUGGAUUCGUGUAUUGGGCCCCUGAAUAUCAUUUUCUGGUAUUCUUCAAUCGGCUUAGGCUUCAACAAUAGGGCUUUGUCAUUAUGUCAGAGACAUGUAAAUAAUUCUGAUUUUUUGGUGUAAGUUCUUUACAUUUAAGGUUUAUGUGUCAUGAAAGCAUUCACUGAUAUCAAUUUCAUCCUCUGCAACUUUUUCUUUCUCCUUUUUUAUUAUACUGGUCUAUUGAGCCGAUGAACUGUGAUUCACUGGCUAAGCCAGUGACUAAGCUCCUUUUCUGAGUUGCUAACUGGUCCGAGUUUUGCACCACUGUAUUCGGGAGUAUUGUUGGUGAGAUCUUAUGCUUUAAUGGCGGAUAUACUGAUCAAUACAGCGUCUACUGUUAAGGUUUAGAAGAUUUUCACUAUUAACCUUCCAAGCAGCAUUGAAAUUUAAUUUGGGCAUUUGAGGACCUUUCUAGCUCUAACUGCACUAACUCUGGUUAUAGUAAGCAUGGCUGCUGAACCUUUACUAACUAUAGAAUGAAAAAGAAGGGGUUCAAAGUAUCAGCACUAGUCACUAUUCAUUCCAUGUGUUAUGGAAGUGCUGUUUUCACAGGGUAUCUUUCAUCAACUUUGUAUAUUAGUUCAAAUUUUUCUUAAAAAUUAUAAUAUAGCCAUGUAUCAUUAAUAUAUAAAUAAUCAUGCUUAGUUAAUGUAUGCAUGGUUGAUAUGGUAGUUCUGUUGGGAUGAUUGAAAUCUUUGGUUAUCCAAAUAGCAUUAUUUUUACA